AUGAGUCUGCUGAGGCCCAGCGGGCUGAAGACCCCCACCAAGAUCCUCAAGCAUGGGAGCUGGGCCCUGAAGGCGCCCUCGGCCGCGGCUGCUCCCGUUGAGGAGUCUGUGCCUGGAGAGAAAAUACCCAGCGCCCCCUCCUCGGAGACGCAGGAGGAGUUUUUGGACGACUUCCAGGUCGGGGAACGAGUCUGGGUGAAGGGGAACAAGCCUGGAUUCAUCCAGUUCCUCGGGGAGACCCAGUUUGCCCCUGGUCAGUGGGCCGGGAUCGUCUUGGACGAGCUCAUCGGCAAGAACGACGGCUCGGUGGCGGGUGUGCGCUACUUCCAGUGCGAGCCGCUGAAGGGCAUCUUCACCCGGCCGUCCAAGCUGAGCAGGAGCUUGCAGGCCGACGAUGAGACCAACGGCCUGCAGCCAGCGCCUGCUGCCCGGGUCACACCGCCCCUGUCGGCCUCCCGGGCCCCUGCCGCCGCCCCGAAGGCGCCCCAGCCCUCCACAAAGGAGGCACCGGCCGCCCCUCACAUCAGCAACCUGACCAGGAUGGCCAGCGAGUCCAUCUCCAACCUCUCGGAGGCUGGCUCCCUCAAGAACGGGGAGCAGGAGCUGAAGCUCGGGGACCGGGUGCUGGUGGGAGGCGUGAAGCCCGGUGUGGUGCGCUUUCUCGGGGAGACGGACUUUGCCAAGGGGAAUUGGUGUGGCGUGGAGCUGGACAAGCCGCUGGGCAAGAACGAUGGCGCCGUGGCCGGAACGAGGUACUUCCAGUGUCAGCCCAAGUGUGGCUUGUUUGUUCGCAUUCACAAAGUCACCAAGAUCGGCUUCCCCUCCACGACGCCGGCCAAGGCCAAGGCAGCCCCCGCGAGGCGUGUGAUGGCCACCACCCCCGCCAGCCUGAAGCGCCGCCCGUCGGCCUCCUCGCUCAGCUCCGUGAGCUCCGUGGCCUCAUCCGUGAGCAGCAGGCCCAGCCACACGGGACUAUUGCCGGUAACUUCCUCCCGCUGCGCCCGCAAGAUCUCCGGCACCACCGCCCUCCAGGAGGCACUGAAGGAGAAGCAGCAGCACAUUGAGCAGCUGCUGGCCGAGCGAGACCUGGAGCGGGUGGAGGUGGCCAAGGCCACGAGCCAUGUGGGGGAGAUAGAGCAGGAGCUGGCCCGCCGGGACGGGCACAACCAGUACAUCCUGGAGCUGGAGGCCAAGAUGGACGAGCUGCGGGCCAUGCUGGAAGCGAGCGACUGGGAGAAGGUGGAGCUGCUGAACCAGCUGGAGGAGGAGAAGAGGAAAGUGGAGGACCUCCAGUUCCGAGUCGAAGAGGAGUCCAUCACCAAAGGCGACCUGCAGGAGGUGAAGGCCCUGCAGGCGGCCUCUGAGAAGCUCGCCAAGGAGAACGAGUGGGGGAGGACCAAGCUGGACCACGCGAACGAGGAGAACACGGACGUGAUCGCCCCGUGGAAGUCCAAGCUGGAGACAGCCAUCGCCCCGCACCAACAGGCCAUGGGCGAGCCGAAGGCGUCCGUGAGCCGGGGCGUGGGUGCCGAGGCGGCCGAGCUGGCCGAGCUCAAGAUGCAGAUGGAGAGGCUGCAGUUCGAGUCCCAGCAGGAGGUGGAGAACUUGAAGGCCCAGCAGGUGGCUGAGCGUGCAGCACACGCCUCUGAGCUGCAGACGCUCAGGUCGCGGCUGGUCAGGAUGGCCCAGGAGCAGAAGAACAGCCUGGAGGCCGCGCGGGCCAAGCUCGACCAGACCGAGGACCAGCACCUGGUGGAGAUGGAGGACGCCCUGAACAAGCUGCAGGAGGCGGAGACGAAGGUAAAGCACCUGGAGGGGUUGCGGGCCAUGUGUAGUCAGCAAGCCCAGGCCCUGGCCGACGCCACGGCGCAGCUGGAGGCCACCCAGGAGAAGCUCUUGCAGCUCGAUGGGCUCCGGAAGGCCAGUUCCGCUAAAUUGGGAAUGGAGAGGCUCAGGCGGCAGCUCCAGGUGGCUGAGCGGCAGAUUCAGGAGUUAGAGAAUGCAAAGUGGGCCGAGAGCGGCAGGUUGGCCGAGAGCCUGGCCGAGGAGCUGCAGGGGAAGGAGCUAGCGCUUCGUAGUCUUCAGGAGAACUUGAACGAAGUCAGUCGAGUGAAGGAGGCUUUGGAGAAAGAGGUGGACGUGAGCCGCAGCCAGUCCCAGGCUCUGCAGGCCGAGCACGCCAAGUCCACCACGGAGAGCCAGGCGCAGCACGAGGAGGCGCUGCAGGCCCUGCAGAAGCUGCGGCUGCAGGCGGAGGAGAAGCUGCAGGCGGUGCAGGCGGAGAACGGGAGCCUGCUGCGGGAGGUGGCCGAGCUGAAGACGCAAGCCGACAAGGCCAAGUCAUUAACUUCCCUAAUAACAUCAGAGGAAAUUGAGCUGAUGUCGGAGGAUCGCAGGGCCCUGAGGUCAGAGAAUCAAUUGCUGGCGAAGGAGAAGCUCUCUCUGAAGUCAGAGAGAGAGUCAUUGCUAUUGAAGUUGAAGGAAGCGGAGGCCAAAAACUCUUCGCUGCGGGAAGAGCAGAGGAAGCUCUGGCUGUUGAACCAAGCGAUUCUUUUCGAUAAAGAGAAGGUCAUCGAGGCCAGGCGGGCCGCAGAGAAGCUCUGGCAGGAGGAGCGGCUCGGCCGAGAAGCCCUCGAGGCGGAGAAAGAGAAAGUGCUGGAAGAGGGCAGGGCAGUGCAGGAGGAGCUCCAGAGGGUGCGCGCGGAGAACGACGCCCUGCAGGUCGCCAAGGUGGGGCUGCAGGCCCUGGUGGAGGAGCUGCAGAUGAGCAAGAGCGGCCUGGUGGCCGAGUGUAAGAAGGGCCUGGAGGAGAGGGGCCAGCUGGAGGAGCAUGCGAAGAAGCUGGUUCUGGAGAACCUAUCCCUGGCCAAAGACAAGGACAACAUCAUCCAGAAGCUGCAGUGCUCCUAUGAGGAGCUGGCUCGGGAUCAGAAGUCGCUGGUGCAAGAGAUCGCGGAGCUCACGGCCGAGAAGAAAUCGGUCCUCGAGAAUCAGUCGCUGGAGAAGACACACGCCAGCAUGCUGCAGGCCAAGGAGGCGCUUGACGCCGAGCGGCAGGAGGAGUGCCGGCGGCUGGCGGAGGACAGGCUCGCGGCACAGCAGGCCCUGGUGCAGGAGCGGGAGGCCCGUACCCAGGAGACCCAGGCGGCCGCCCACGAGGCCAGCCAGCUGCGAGGCCGCCUGGGGCUGCUGGAGCAGGAGGUGGAGGAGCUGCGGGCGCGUGCCCAGGGGCUGCAGGCCGAGCACCUGGACCUGGUGGAGGAGAAGGCGCGGUCAGACAAGAACGUGGCCGAGAUCCUGCGGGAGAAGGAGCAGCUGGCCGGCAGUUACUUCCUCCUCCAGAAGGAGGUCAGUCGGCUGGCCCAGACCAGCAGCCACGUCUCGGCCAACCUUCUGGAGGCCCAGAAGGAGAACCGCGGUCUGAGGAAGGACAAAAUCAGGCUCGCCGUUAAAAUCAGAGAGCUCGAGACGCUGCCGGCAUUCACGGCUAUGCAGACAGCGGAAGAUGCCAGGCAUUUUAUGGAACAACUGUCCCAAGAGAAGACAGAGACCCUGGCCUCCCUGGAGGACACCAGGAACACCAAUGCAAACUUGCAGAAUACGCUCAGGUCGCGGCUGGUCAGGAUGGCCCAGGAGCAGAAGAACAGCCUGGAGGCCGCGCGGGCCAAGCUCGACCAGACUGAGGACCAGCACCUGGUGGAGAUGGAGGAUGCCCUGAACAAGCUGCAGGAGGCGGAGACGAAGGUAAAGCACCUGGAGGGGUUGCGGGCCAUGUGUAGUCAGCAAGCCCAGGCCCUGGCCGACGCCACGGCGCAGCUGGAGGCCACCCAGGAGAAGCUCUUGCAGCUCAAUGGGCUCCGGAAGGCCAGUUCCGCUAAAUUGGGAAUGGAGAAGCUCAGGCAGCAGCUCCAGGUGGCUGAGCGGCAGAUUCAGGAGUUAGAGAAUGCAGAGCGGGCCGCUCGCUCAGUGGUGCUGCAGUUCUACCUCGGACCUGGUGUGUACUCCAGCCCUUUGUACCGUCUCUCCGCCAGCCAAAUGAACGAGGCUUUGGAGAAAGAGCUUCGGAGUUUGAAAGAAAAGUUCACAGAGGCUUCAGAAGAGUCAGCCUCUGUUCAGAAAAACAGGCAAGAAUCUGUUGAUAAGUUACAUCAACAAGAAGAACAGUUUAAGGCGCUGUCUUCUGAACUGGAGAAGUUGCGAGGAAAUUGAACAGAUAUGGAGGCCAAAUUCAGAGAGAGAGAUGUACGAGAAGAGCAGUUGACGAAGGCAAAGGCCAAGUUGGAAAACGACAUCGUGGACAUCAUGAAAAUGUCCGGGGAAAACUUGGCACAGCUGACGAGAAUGAAUGAUGAACUACGCCUGCAGGAGAGCCGAGCGGCCAGCCUGCCCCAGCUGGGCACGGCGUCGGAGUUUCCCGCAGAGAGUGCCGACUUAUUAACCUAAGACAAAGAGGAAAUUGAGCUGAUGUCGGAGGAUCGCAGGGCCCUGAGGUCAGAGAAUCAAUUGCUGGCGAAGGAGAAGCUCUCUCUGAAGUCAGAGAGAGGGUCGUUGCUAUUGAAGUUGAAGGAAGCGGAGGCCAAAAACUCUUCGCUGCGGGAAGAGCAGAGGAAGCUCUGGCUGUUGAACCAAGCGAUUCUUUUCGAUAAAGAGAAGGUCAUCGAGGCCAGGCGGGCCGCAGAGAAGCUCUGGCAGGAGGAGCGGCUCGGCCGAGAAGCCCUCGAGGCGGAGAAAGAGAAAGUGCUGGAAGAGGGCAGGGCGGUGCAGGAGGAGCUCCAGAGGGUGCGCGCGGAGAACGACGCCCUGCAGGUCGCCAAGGUGGGACUGCAGGCCCUGGUGGAGGAGCUGCAGAUGAGCAAGAGCGGCCUGGUGGCCGAGUGUAAGAAGGGCCUGGAGGAGAGGGGCCAGCUGGAGGAGCAUGCGAAGAAGCUGGUUCUGGAGAACCUAUCCCUGGCCAAGGACAAGGACAACAUCAUCCAGAAGCUGCAGUGCUCCUACGAGGAGCUGGCUCGGGAUCAGAAGUCGCUGGUGCAAGAGAUCGAGGAGCUCACGGCCGAGAAGAAGUCGGCCGUGGAGAAGCAGUCGGGCCUCGACAGCCUGUGUGUGGCUCUGAAGCUGGAGCGUGACGGCCUGGCCCAGAGCAACAAGGAGCUAUAGCUGGAGAAAGACCUGCUGAGCCAGGAGCACGAGAAGCUGGGCGCCAGCCUGGAGGCGGCGCUACAGGUGAAGGAGCUGCUGGGCGCCAAGGCCAGCUGCCUGCGCACGCAGCUGGAUGAGGACAAGGCCGUGCACAAGGCCAAGCUGAAGGCACUGCAGACGCAGGCGGCCAACGCCCACCUGGCACAGCUGCUGGAGCAGAUCAAGACCAGCAGGGAGAACUCCGACUCGUAGUGCGUGCAACUUCUGCAUGAGAAGGAGACGCUGAGCCUGGCUGAGCGGCAGCUGGCGGCCGAGAAGAAGGAGCACCUCGGCGAGAAGGACCUCCUGGCCCAGAAGCUCGGCCGCUGCUUCGAGGAGGCGUUGCGCGUGGAGUCGGCCCUGCGCGAGCCGCUGUACAGCCUGGGCUCCGAGAAGGAGCUGCUGGGUCAGAAGGCCACGAAGCUCCAGCAGCAGCUGGACUGGUUGCUGAAAGACCAGGCACUGCUGGAGGCGCAGCAGACCGAGCUGCUGGCCGAGCGGGAGGCGUCCCUGCAGGCCCUGGGCGAGCUCCAGCAGAAGCACGAGGAGGCGGCGGCGAAGCGCCGGGUGGCUGUCCAAGAGAAGAGGAAGCUGCUCGGCGAGCUAGACGUGCUGCAGCGGGAGCUCCAGGGGCAGCGCCAGGAGAACCAGGGGCUGGCGGCCAGCCAGGGCGCCCUCGAGGUGGCGCUGCAGGAGGCCCAGGACGAGGCCUGCAGCCUGGAGAAGACACACGCCAGCGUGCUACAGGCCAAGGAGGCGCUCAACGCCGAGUGGUAGGAGGAGUGCUGGCGGCUGGUGGAGGACGGACUCGCGGCACAGCAGGCCCUGGUGCAGGAGCGGGAGGCCCGCGCCCAGAAGACCCAGGCGGCCGCCCACGAGACCAGCCAGCUGCGAGGCCGCCUGGGGCUGCUGGAGCAGGAGGCGGAGGAGCUGCGGACGCACACACAGGGACUGCAGGCCCAGCGCCUGGACCUGGUGGAGGAGAAGGCGCGGUCAGACCAGAAGGUGGCCGAGAUCCUGCGGGAGAAGGAGAUGCUGAGCGCCGAUGCCGCCCGGCUGGCCACCGAUAUCGAGGCCCUCAAGGGCGACUUCGUGGCCCUGUCCAAAUCCAAGCUGGAGCUGCAGGGCCUGCACAGCUGCCUCGACGAGAUCCUGGCCGACCUGCAGCGCAAGCACGAGGCGGCCCUGGCCGAGCAGGCCCAGCCCGGGCAAGAGAACGAGAGCCUGCUGGCCGAGAAGAGGGAGCUGCAGCAAGAGAGGGCCGAGCUCCUGCAAGAGAAGGAGCAGCUGGCCGGCAGUUACUUCCUCCUCCAGAAGGUCAGUCGGCUGGCCCAGACCAGCAGCCACGUCUCUGCCAACCUCCUGGAGGCCCAGAAGGGGAACCGCGUGCUGAGGAAGGACAAGAUCAGGCUCGCCGUUAAAAUCAGAGAGCUCGAGAUGCUGCAGUCUUUCACGGCUGUGCAGACAGCGGAAGAUGCCAGGCAUUUUAUGGAACAACUGUCCCAAGAGAAGACAGAGACCCUGGCCUCCCUGGAGGACACCAGGAACACCAAUGCAAACUUGCAGAAU